AUGUUAUUCGACGGAAAAAUAGGGAUUUGGCCGUUUACAGAACUGGUGCCUGCUAAAAGGAACAGCAAAAACAGGGAGGCUGGAACUUUGGAGUUAAAACCAAUCGAGAGCAUAACAAAGCAAGUCACAAAGCAUUGUUUUAUCAAUAAGAUGAUACCAGCCAUAAAGCUUAAAUGGCCAGCAUUUGCAAGCAAAGUGAUUUUCAUUCAACAAGACAAUGCAAGGCCUCACAUCAAGGAUGAUGAUCCAGAUUUUAGGCAGAGAAAAAAACAAAGCUUGCAAACAGAAAAUGUGUGCAACAAUGUGGAGGAGCUAGUAGCUACAGUUGAGAAGUCAUAUGAAGACCUCUCACCUACUACUCUAAACAAUGUGUUUUUGAGUCUUCAAGGAUGCAUGGUCGAAAUGAUGAAGGUGAAAGGACACAAUGCGUACAAGAUACCACACAUGAAGAAGGGCACACUCAUUAGGCAAAAUGAACUUCCAAUAAAUUUGGAAGUGUCUAGUGAGUUAGUGAAGGAAUGCCUACAAUAUCUUGUGGAUAAUGGUUGUGAGGAGGGCAUGGGCAUCGGCAUAGACUUAAGUAUAUGA